AUGGGGAAGAAGGGGGGUUGGUUUUCUGCAGUGAGGAAAGCUUUUAUCCCAAGCGGUGAUUCCAAGGACAAGAAAGAGAAGAAACCCCAGAAAACUGUUUCUAAGAAAUCAUGGUUUGGAAGGCAAAAGGCUGUCGAACCAGAUUCUUCAAUGGCGGAAUCUGCAUUCGCCACCCCUGCACUUCGUUCUCCUCCAUCGGAACCAGAUGAGGAGCUAAAAUUGGCAGAAUCCCAGAAUGCCCAGAGCGAACCCACAAAGCUAGAAACUGAGACGAGCAAACCCACAAAACCGGAGAAUGAGCAAAGUGAGCCCACAAAAACAGAGAAUAUUGAGCAAAGCAAACCCACAAAACCGGAGAUUGAGCAGGGCAAACCCAAAAAACCAGAAUAUGAGCCGAGCAAACCCAAAAAACCAGAGAACGAGCCGAGCAAACCCAAAAAACUGGAGAAUGAACAGAACAAAAAUUCGUUUAAAGCAAGGGCAGCAGGAGCGGCAGCGGCUUUUCGUCGUUUAUUAGGUAAAUCCAAGGAAGAAGUAGCUGCCAUCAAGGUUCAGACAGCUUUUCGUCGUUUCUUGGCAAGAAAAAGUUUACGUGCUAUAAAAGGAAGUGAAAGAUUAAAAGCAUUGGUUCAAAGCCAAUCGGUUAAACGACAAGCAAUAACCACGUUAAGAUGUAUGCAGACUCUGGCUCGUGUCCAGUCUCAGGUUCGAGCCAGGAGGAUUCGAAUGACUGAAGAGAACCAAGCUCUCCAGCGACAACUUCUCCAGAAACGCGAAAGAGAGCUCGAAAACUUGAGAUCCUCUGUAAGUGAUUGGGACAAUAGUCGAAGAACAAAAGAGCAAGUCGAUGCCAGCAUUCAAAAGAGAGUAGAGGCAACUGCAUUACGAGAACGGGCGUUGGCUUAUGCCCAAACUCAACAGUAUACAUGGAAGAACCCAUCAAAGUCUGCAAAUCCGACGUUCAUGGAUCCAAACAAUCCACACUGGGGUUGGAGCUGGUUAGACAGGUGGAUGGCUGCCCGGCCAUGGGAAUCCCAAAGUUCCAUCGAUAACCAACAACCAAAAGGACUCACGCGUUCAUCAUCCGUCGGAGACACGAGCAAACAACUCGACCGAUCACCCUCUGUAUCGUCCCCAAGGUCUCCGUCGGUAUCCCGUCGGCGGCUAGCACCAUCAAGCCCCAAGAACUCAAAUGACCCCAUGCAGUCGCCGCGAAAUCGGAGGCACAGCAUAUCGAAUACUUCAUUCCAUGAAGAGUCUACACGUGUUUCGUCACCGAGGGUUUCUUCGCCAAGGGUUUCCUCACCGAGGGUUUCGUCACCAAGGUCGACGAAGACCAAAUCCAUGAUUCCGAGUCCCAAUCCCAGUCCCAGCCCCAGCCCUAGUUCUAACACUAACCUGAGUCCAUUAGGGUCGGGAAAGAAAGGGGCGUCGGAAAACAAACCGACGACACGACCUGUCAAUAGAAGGAUGUCGUUAUCUGGUGCACCGGCCGGUGGCAGUGCUCGUAGGUUAUCCGUCCCACCUAAGGUGGUGGCUUCUGGUUCUCGCUGA